AUGUGGGCGACGGAGGCGAUCCCGCUGUUCGUCACGGCGAUACUCGUGCCGCUGCUGCUCGUCUGUCUGCGCGUCGUCCGCGGGCCCGAUGGGCGGGGCGGCGAGGAGCGCCUGAGCACGCCGGAUGCGACGAAAUUCAUAUUCUCCGUCAUGUUCUCGCCCACGAUCAUGCUGCUCAUCGGCGGGUUCACAAUCGCGUCGGCGUUGAGCAAGACGGCCAUUGAUCGGGUGCUGAUCACGAAGGUGCUCAGCCUGGCUGGUACGCGCCCGAGCGUCGUCCUCCUCGCGUUCAUGGGCGUGGCGUGCUUUGCGAGCAUGUGGAUCAGCAAUGUUGCCGCGCCAACCCUUUGUUUCUCGUUAAUCCAGCCCAUCCUGCGGACCCUUCCCCCAAGGUCGAAAUUCGCGCCGUGUUUGAUCUUGGGCAUCGCCCUCGCCGCAAACAUCGGUGGCCAGAGCUCCCCCAUCUCGUCGCCACAGAACCUCAUCGCCCUCGCCGAGAUGAAUCCCCAACUAGAUUGGGGCAGCUGGUUCGCCGUCGCCCUGCCGGUGUCGACGGUGUCGAUUCUGCUUAUUUGGCUGCUCCUCCUUGUCUCGUACCACCCCGCACGCUCUCCGGACGGCGAGGGCGACAUCGUCAUUCGACCCAUCCGGGCGACGCGAGAGCGGUUCACGUUCAAGCAGUACUGGGUGUCCCUUGUGUGUUUGGUGACGAUUGCGCUGUGGUGUUUUGCACACCAGCUCGAAGACGUCGUGGGCGAUAUGGGUGUCAUUGCGAUCAUACCCAUCGUUGCGUUCUUCUCCACCGGCGUGCUGAAGAAGGAGGACUUUGAGCAGUUCUUGUGGACCGUGGUCUUCCUUGCCAUGGGAGGCAUUGCGCUUGGCAAAGGUGUCACUGCCAGCGGCCUCCUCGCCGUGAUGGACGACAAAAUUCGGGACAUGGUCGGGGGUCUGCCGCUCUAUACGGUCGUCCUUGUAUUAUCCUGCGUCGUUCUGGUCGUCUCCACGUUUAUCAGCCAUACGAUUGCGAGCGUGUUGCUGGUGCCGAUCGCGAAGGAAGUGGGGAGCAACAUGCCGGGGAAUCGGGCAAACCUGUUGAUUUUCCUGACUGGGCUCUUGUGCUCCACUGGCAUGGGAAUGCCUGUCUCCGGGUUUCCGAAUCAGACCGCUGCAAAUCAGGAGGACGAGAUGGGACAGCUGUACUUGUCGAAUGUCGACUUUCUCAAGAACGGUGUCCCUGCCAGUGUGAUAGCGAUGCUUGUUGUUGCGACGCUCGGCUUCCUGUUGAUGCAGGCAAUCGGCUUUGUGACAAUGCUUUCCCCCUCGUCGUACAGGUCCAAUAGUUCGCGUGUUGGUGUUAUAUCCGGUCUUAUCUCUCCCCGAUUCCCUCCUAGACACAAGUCUAAACUGCAGUAUCACGGCCACACGUAA